UUCGUUGCAAUUUAAGAGGCGCGAUAUUUUUUUGUAAUUUGUGCGUUUAUUUUUUUUUUAAUUUUUUUUUCAUGUUUCUACCUUUAAUAUUUACCUACGUUGUUUUUGAUUAAAACUUAUUAGUUUCGGUUUUAAACAGGCAGCAUGGCAGAACACGUCGAACCCCACCGAAACCUGUACCAAACAUUCCUGGAGCACUUCCGGAACCAGCUUCCGGAGGAGAACCGUGCGGCAACCAUGGCGCAAAUCGAGACCAACUUGGAACUCAUGGCAAACGGGCACUCUGCCAGCGCGGAACUCAUCACCCAGUCGGUGGAAAUUGCGAAACAACGAUUCCACUUGGGUGAGGUCGUCGAGUUUAAAACUCUAGACGACAUCUACCACAAUCUCGUGCUAUUGAACGACAGUUUCACCGAAACGAAGCGUCUGUUCGACAGACUGAAAAGUGAUCGAUUGGUCUGUGAUUUGGAGGAAAACGCUGCGAAAAGUGUUGCGACCGUUAGAAUCGGUCGCUUUACGUUCGGCAGUGUUGAAGCCGGGCCGACUGCCGGCUUGACGCGGAAGAAUGUGCUGAAGCAACGCCAUCGAAUCAUGAGUAUGGCUAAAGGGAACUUCAUGUCGAUGAUGCGACAGCACUGCUACAGCAUUAAUGAGAAAGACAACCCGAAUUCCGAGGUCGAAGACAUAUACUUUGAACUGCGCCGAACCGUUGGGAAGUCGGACGAGCUCGAUCUCAAGUACUACCGUCGAUUGUUGAAAAAAUUCAGGAAGCAUGAUUGUGGAAUCGACCUAAUAUUCACCGAUGAGAUGGAUAAAAUAGAUCGAAAAUGUUUGAUAGACAUUGCAAACGAUCUAAAUUUGCGCACUCGUUUUGAUCAUCGAACUAAAUCAUUAGUCGUGUUCAGUAGGCGAACCGGGCCAGAAAUCGUCAAUGAUAUGAUCACUGGAAAGCAUCCCGAUCUGGGUGAGGUGUUCGAUCUGGAACCUCCAGGUGCGGCAACCGCUAAGCGCGAGCACAAGCUGGACCCAGUUUUCACGUGUGGAUCCCUGAAAUAUGCACUAUCGGAGGCUUUAUCAGUAGAAGUCUACGAAUCUUUGUCGCAUUUGGAGGCCGUGUGGAUCGCUCAAAAGUUUCUAUAAAAUAAGUGUAAGGUUUUAGUAAACCUUAAUUGUUA